CCUAUAUCCUGGCAGGAAGCUACGCGACGAAAGAGGGAGGAGACUACAGCAGCUGCGGAUGGAAUCUUGAUGUGGCAGAGGGACUGCCGCCACCAAAAAGGAGGCGGAGGGUCUGCAGGCUUAACCGUGAGGACGUCGCUGCCAUCGACCUGUUAAUUUGCCCCGCCGCCCUACUAGACAAAGCUCCUUGCUAACAGAUCCUUCCCUCUCAGCUCUCAGCUGGUCACCUACUGAGCGUCAUCUGCCACAGGCUCUUAACGGAAGUAGCAGUAUGAAGACCCUACACAGAAAGGCAGCUCUACAGCAACGCACUAGGGAAGCUGUAAGUCACCACACUGGGUCUACUAGCAGGAGGAAGAAAAAGACCUCUAAAAAAAGGCAGAGAGGCAGACCUUCCUCCCAGCCCUGCAGGAACAUCGUGGGCUGCAGAAUUUCUCAUGGAUGGAAGGAAGGUGAUGAUCCCAUUACCCAGUGGAAAGGAACUGUUCUGGAUCAGGUGCCUAUAAAUCCCUCUCUUUAUCUGGUGAAAUAUGAUGGAAUUGACUGUGUCUAUGGACUGGAACUUCACAGAGAUGAAAGGAUUUUAAAGCUUAAAAUCCUUCCAGAUAAGGUGCCAUUUUCUAGAGUCAAAAAUAUGCGCCUUGCAAAUACUAUAAUUGGCAAAGCAGUGGAACAUAUGUUUGAGGGUGAGCAUGGUUCUAAGGAUGAAUGGAGGGGGAUGGUCUUAGCCCAAGCACCAAUCAUGAAAACUUGGUUUUAUAUUACCUAUGAGAAAGAUCCUGUCCUGUACAUGUACCAGCUUCUAGAUGAUUAUAAAGAAGGUGACCUCCGUAUCAUGGCAGAGUCCAGUGAAUCUCCAGCAGAGAGGGAGCCAGAUGGGGUUAUAGAUGGUCUGAUAGGUAAACAUGUGGAAUAUACCAAAGAAGAUGGCUCCAAAAGGACAGGCAAAGUCAUUCAUCAAGUUAAAGCCAAACCUUCUGUGUACUUCAUCAAAUUUGAUGAUGAUUUCCAUAUCUAUGUCUAUGAUUUGGUAAAAAAGUCAUCUUGUUAGGGUUCAUUUUCCAAAUUUGUGGAGACAAAUGUAUAAUUUUUAGAUACACAAAAAAUGUUAUCUUUAGAGUUGUAUCGAAAGCAUAAGGAUCCUUGAUAACCCAGCAUCUCUGCCAGCAUAACUUGUUUUGUUUUGAAAAAUACACAUUUAUGUGUACAUAUGCUGUGUGUAAGCACUUGUCUUGUUGAAAAAAAUUGGAUGUGUUGGGUGCAUGGUGCAUAAAAGAAAGGAAGGAGCAGCUGACAAUUCAGGCUGUAAAUGAAGUUCAGCUAGAUAAUCAGUUAUCUAAAAAUGGAAUAAGAUUUAGCUGGUGUGGUCUGGAGAGUGGGAGGGUAAGAACUAGAGAUGGACUCUCAGGGAGGGGAGAUGAAAAGAUGACUGCAUAAGCAGAGGGUGAGAAGGGAGAGGUUGGGGGUGUGACCUAUGAAGGGAAACAUCCAACUGGGUAGGGGAUAAUGAAUAAUAGAAAGAUAAUGAGAUCUUGUGGCUUAGAGAAAAGUAGAAUAAAUUGAGUAGAAAAGGACACAAAGAAUAUUAGAGGAGGUACAGAGUAAGGAGGAGAAUGAUCAAGUUGACAGGGAUCUGGGGAGAGACUAAAAGAUUCACUAACAGAGAGUCCAUGCCAGGAAUGGAGGGGAUUGGAUCAUAAAAGAAGGGACAGCAAAGAAGGAGGAAUUUGAAAAAUCAAGACUGAUAGAGGGAGUGAGUAUACAGAUAGAGGUGUGGAGGGAGGCCCAUAAGGGAUGGGAAGUCCCAGGAAAAUGUUAGACUUCUUGAAAUAUCCACAUUGCCCUACCUGGCUCUGUGCACAAAGGAAGUGGCAAUUGUCAAAGAAGCCAGAUGCAUUGCAGGUUCCCCAGAGGAUAAGCUGGACAAGAAAGAGACAAGUUAGGCAGGAUACAAAUUUGUACCUAUAAAGCUUUCCUGAUUACAGGGGGUUUGCCAAGCAGAAUUCUGCCAAGCAGAAUUCCAUCACUCAGUCUAAAAUAUUACCUUGUGUGCUGGGCUGUUGCCUGCCUCCUCACAUUGUCCAGAGCAACUAGGUUUGCUAAAUCUUAGACCUGAAGGUCUUGGUUCAUUUCCCCUACACUGGAUAAGCAAUACUUAUGAUGGGUUAGUGGGUCUAUUAUAACUUAAGAGAUGUGCCACAUUGCAUUUGAAGAGUAUUUUAUACUUAGCAAUGGAACCUUGCUGAGCCCUGAAAUAGCAGGCCCAUCACUGUUU